UACUUCCCCACCGUCAAUCCUCGUUGCAAUUAAUAGAAAAUGACAGCCUUGCGAUUCGUCAGAUCGGUCUGGGCCUCCUUUCGGACCAAUUCGGGGUUGGAGCCUCGGCUGUUGGAUGGUCUUCGUGUGACUGAUGCCAAACCGGGCCAGGUCAACUUCGAACUUGAUAUUCAAAAGGAGCACACAAAUCGCUUGAACAUCCUCCAUGGCGGCACCAUCGCUAGUAUGGUGGAUCUCGGGGGUUCUUUGGCUGUGGCAUCCCGAGGACUGUUUGCUACAGGUGUAUCAACCGAUCUCAACGUGACGUAUCUCAGUUCUGGCGGUAAAAUCGGUGACAAGAUUAUGGCGGAAGUCACCUGUGAUAAGUUUGGCAAGACCCUGGCAUACACCUCUAUCAAAUUCAUGAACAGCAAAGGCGAAGUUGUUGCCCGAGGAAGCCAUACCAAAUAUAUAGCUCUUGCCUGGAAAGAUCCCCAGAAUAUUGUGGAGGAGCUUGGUGGACGGAAGUCAUCAUGAAAGAGAUUUGUAUAUAGUACGGAGUAGUACAUAACUGGAAUGGUAAGCUUUCAAGAGGAUAGUUCUUCAGUCUCCUUGGAAGAGAUAUGCAUCAAGAUUGAUUCAUAACCACCCACAAAGAAAAGCUAGAUAUGCUCCUUCUGUUCAUAGCUUCUGUGGAGCAAUAGGGGUGGAUCUACUAAGUCUUCGCACUAUCUACAAUCUCGGCAUUGCAAUGACUCCGCUAGUAUGGGCUGGGCUUUGGCAGGAGUUCUAUAGAAGUCAUGCUCUCUCUGAAGCAAGACACUCAUUGCUUGAAACUUCCCAAGACGGUGAAGAACUGAGAAGGAGGACCUGGCUAGCGCUUAAGACCUUGGUGUCAGGAUAAUAUGAAGAGCGUGGGUGACACCAGCUCCAAACUGCUUAAU